UGUCAGUUGGAAAGCAACCGCGGACAAUAACUGACAAGCAACCGGUCAGCCAGCCAGCCGUUCUGGCUGCGAAAAUCGCGUUCCUUUCCUUUCUCGCCAGCGAAUCUAGCAUCGUCUAUGUUCCAUCAAAGUGUAGCAAAUAUGGCGUGUUCUCUGCUCGUGAUAAUGUGAAGUAUACAGCUGUAAGAAAUGGAUGAAACGCGUACCAGUGCGGUGAACAAGAGAUAAGAGAUAAAAUAGAAAUAAAUAAGUUUGGUGUUUAUUACUGGUGUUUUGAUAGUGUUCUACGAUGAUCGCAUAAAUGAUCAAGCGUGUAGACUUAUAAAGAGCCAGGAAUUGGUGGGAGGAAGCAGCAGGUUUUUCGAUCACGCGGCCCGAUGAUCGAUGCAUCUACGUUUCCAGAAAAGUGGCGAACGGAGCGUGCCAGGGAAGAAUAAGAUCUCAAAUGCGCAGCGAGGCAACGAAGAAAUUGUGCAGGCAGCCGUCGGGAACAGCUGGCAUCACGGAAUGUUGACCUAGUGAUCGAGCCGCGAGUGUGUGCUGAUUUGACAUAACUGCGACGAAAAGUACGGAUGAAAAAUGCGAAACGGUGGUCAGCCACAGCAGACGGCGGUAAUGACGCCGCCGCAUUUGAACGGUUCCGCGCAAUUCGUUUCCGGUGGUUACGUCGGCUACGUACCACGCCAGUCCUGGGGGCAGUUUCAAGGGCCCCAACAUCCCAGGAACACGGCCAGACCUCUGUCACAUCCACCGCCGCCACCCUCCAGAAGGGAAAGCCAAAGACCCUCUGGCAACGGAUCCGCCAACCCUAAGAGUACGUCUCUUCCGCAUUGCAAACCUGGAACGCACAGGAGUACCACACCUUCGAAGGUGGACCCCGAGCUGAUAUUCACGAAACAAGAACGAAUUGGGAAGGGUAGUUUCGGUGAGGUGUUCAAAGGCAUCGACAAUAGGACCCAGCAGGUUGUUGCCAUCAAAAUCAUCGAUCUCGAAGAGGCAGAGGAUGAGAUCGAAGAUAUACAGCAGGAGAUCAUGGUGCUGUCACAGUGUGACAGUCCAUACGUCACCAAGUAUUACGGGUCCUAUCUCAAGGGAACGAAACUAUGGAUUAUUAUGGAGUACUUGGGUGGCGGCUCGGCCCUGGACUUGAUGAAGGCCGGUAACUUCGAGGAAAUGCAUAUCGCGGUGAUAUUGCGUGAAGUGCUCAAAGGGCUGGACUAUCUUCACAGCGAACGAAAGCUUCAUCGCGAUAUUAAAGCUGCAAACGUUUUGUUGAGCGAAAUGGGCGACGUGAAGCUGGCCGACUUUGGUGUGGCUGGUCAGUUGACCAAUACGACCAGCAAACGUAACACUUUCGUCGGAACGCCAUUCUGGAUGGCACCGGAAGUCAUCAAGCAGGCUUCGUACGAUUCGAAGGCUGACAUUUGGUCGCUGGGCAUCACCGCGAUCGAAUUGGCCAAAGGAGAACCUCCAAACAGCGAGCUGCAUCCUAUGAGGGUCCUAUUUCUCAUACCGAAGAACAAUCCGCCCCAAUUAACCGGAAAUUAUACGAAGCAAUUCAAGGAAUUCGUCGAGGCCUGUCUCAACAAGGACCCUGAAAACAGGCCAACGGCGAAAGAACUACUGAAGUUCCAGUUCAUCAGGAAGGCGAAGAAAAACUCGUACCUGAUCGACCUCAUAGACAGAUACAAAAAGUGGAAGUCACAGCGUAGCGAGGAAUCCGAAACGGAGAGCGAAAAUUCGGACUCGGAGGAGUCGAAACAGGAUAGUGACAUGGACGAGCCAUGGAUAAUGACCGUGAAAGGCCCUCACGGGGUGAAAGGAUCCGUGGUGCCUAUGCUACCGCUCGACGAACAGCCAACCUCGUUGACCAUCACACACACGCCGAAUCACAGAUCCACGAAUCACAAUCAGCAAACGAAGCCACACGCGAACGGUGCCUCGAGAUCUCCACCAAAAGAUUCCACGUUGAAUCAUUACAGAAGCGAGUCGAGGGAUUCUGUACGCGAUGGCCAAGCGAAACACACGCCGUCCCGACCGCACGAGGCUGCGCCACCGCCGCCCGUGGACACGCGAGAAAAACGAGAAGACCGAGAUUACAGGGACUUCAAUCGGGAUUCCUCGUUGAGGGAAUUGAAGGAGAUACGUGACAGCAGAGACAGCAGGGAUAGGGAACGUGAUAGAGAAGGACGAGAAAGAGAAAGGGACAGGGAUAGGGACAGAGACAGGGAAAGGGAAUUCAGCGCGAAAGAGAAGAGGAACAGUAAACCGGAUGUACCUGUCGUACCUAUGGUGGACCAUAGGCCCGGUGAAGACAAACAGAGACCAAGGAGCUCGCAGGAACUGAAGCAUCCGCGGAGCGCGGCUCUUUCCGGUGUUGUUUUACCUCUCCUUUCCGAGCUUCAACGGAAACAUCAAUAUUCGGCAAGAGACAAUAAUGGCGAGGGCGGAAGCGGCAUUGGCAAGAACGGUGGCGCGAUAGAGGAACUACGCAGCGCGUUUGAGACAGCGGAACGCACUUCGCCAGGAAUGACCGAGGCUCUUAUCAGGGAACUCUUUAAAUCUUUACUUCCUGCCAAUCAUUCGGAGGGUUGUCUGUUUAUGCUGAUGGAAAAAGUAAUUCUAAGGGAUACGUAGGGACGCGAGAGGGCGAGGAUUCGCAAGAGAUUGUGGUCCGAAAACAUCCUAACGUUGUAACGAUUCGUUAUUUCUCGUUUAAACAGAGUUAUUAUUCCGUAUGAUUCCGGUACGUUGUUAACCGGAUCCGAGCAUGAGAGAAGAGUAGAAGAAGAACGUCGCUGCAACGGCCCGGCCGUUUUCUUUUCCUUCGGUCUACAGAGACUAGACUCGACAACAAAAGCUCGUUAAAUUGUAGCUUUUAUCCGAUUAUCCCGUCUCCAUGUCCAAUUCAGCGCGAAGUGCUCGUUAGAUAGAGAGAUGAAAAUAUUAUAGCGACAUUUUGCCGCACCAAAAAUUCACUCAUUUUAUGAACGAUAAUAUCGACUUUUUCCGUUCAAAGCAGAGCAGAAGAUUUAGAGAUUUAUCUACUACAGUAAAAGAAAAAAAAGCUAGAGAAAAGUAAAAAAAAAAAAAAGAGAAGAAGAAAAUUAUACCAUCCAAUUGUCCUCGCGCGAGGGUUACAGUUACCGUUAAAUCUUAAAAAGAUAUUAGCUCCCCUGCCCCCGAUCGUUAAAAGUUAGUAUUUGGAAAAAAUUAAGUAAAAAAAAGUGCAAGAAAAAUGUAGGAGAUAGUUGAGAAAUAUUUUUGCAAAUCGUGCAACCACCCGUUCAGGAUUCUUUGUACGUUCUUCGUGUUCGGUAUCGACGCAACCAUAAAAGAGCGGAUGAUAUAGCGUAGGGUACAACCGUGGUCCGAUGGAUGGUGAAAGGGUAUUCGUUGAAGGGAUCUUGCCUCAUUGUAGAUACAUCCGGAACGUGUACUACCAUUACGAUUUUACUAUGACAUCAUAGCCGAAUCGUUGCCAAUCGCAGUUUCUUUCGAGCGAAUAUUCGCGUUCGAAGAUCGUGCUUUUAGCGGACAACAAAUUCGAAGAUAUUUAUUUUAAACCGUAGAAUAUUCAGUCCAGUAACGUAGAGAAAGAUUUGAAAGUUAGCAAAGGGAAAGUGCUGCCCUUUAAAUAAAUGCCUUCCCGUUGCAUGCUGCGUUGGUGCACGUUCCGGAUUAUGGAAAUAAAAUCGAAGGAAGGGAGAGUGCCUCUAUGUCGGAGGCUUUGUAAAUAUGUAUGUAGCACGAUAAGAUAGUCUUAUUGUUCUAACGAUCGACGUCUCUGCCAGUCGGUUGCGCAGCUCCGUAACGCGAUCCCGUUUUACCUUGAUAUUUCUAGUACUAUUUUUCCGUAAUUGAACGAAACAAUGAGAAAAAGUGAGAGAACAAUGGUCACGAGAAAAUUCAUGCGUUUAUGAUCGAGGUCCGAAGCGUACACCCGGUUCGGGAGUAGUUCAUGCGAGUGGUAGUGCGCGAACCACGCGAAAAUGUGUUUUCUUUUUCUUGAGCUAAAGUUCUUCCACUAGUUUCAUCCGGGAUAGGGAGUUCUUAUAGUCGAGCCGUUCCACGAUCGAGCCUGAGCUGUGAUAACUUCCGCGGGACGUCGGCACUUAAUCCACGUUGUUUGUAAACUAAUGUAUUUUAUAAAGUAUAUUAUAUAGAAAAUGAAAAAAAAGCGGAUGGAAAGAAAACGCGAACAGAUUCCUCGUAAUGAUCGAAUAGACAGAGAGGUUUAACAAGAACGAGGGAGUCGUCGUUUUAACGCAGGAUAACCGCAAACGAAACGAAGUAGCUAUUUGCGACGAACGAUCGUUUCUACGGAACGUUUGCGCGCUAUCCUGCACCGUGGGACAUUAGAAACGGAGGUAAAAACGCAAGAGGGUGAUAGAGUGCGAGAGAGGGAGAGAGUGCGAGAGCAAGAGGACGCGCGUAUGUGUGGAAUACAAGAGUGUGUAAAAGGAGAGAGACGAUUUACGACAAAACGAGAGGAAAGAAAAUACGAAAAAAUGUUUAGCGCUGCGCGAAGGUGGAAACUAGCGUAAAAAUUAUAACGAGAACAUAGUAUUAAUUAACAGGGAGUCGUGCAGAAAAAGAGAGGCGACUGAGAGAGACCUAACUAUCGUAAGCCCGCAAUACAAUAUCACGUAGUUGCGUUUUAUUCCAGUCAGCGAGGCGAUCAAUGGAAGAGCCGUAAACUCCUACAAUUAUUAUUGUAAUAUUGUCAACGACGACGAACGAGAUAAUUGUUAGUACGUGAACACCUCUGAUCUCCGCUCUACCACACCCCCUUUUAUUCUCUUUUCCGACUCGUUCUCCUGCCGCCUAUAAUAUUUCUUUGUUUUUCGCUCUUUAUUUCUGGUCCGAGAUCGAAAGAGGAGACACGCAAACACACAUACAAAUACACACACGCGCGCGUACACACACACACAUACAGAAAUACGUAGGAGGACUUUACUAUUCUUCAGUUGAAUUUACAUUAGUUAAUAUCGCUACACUCUAUUGUUAAUAUUAUGGAUUUAUUCGUCUUAUUGUUGUUUCACCGUUGGGUUAGGUUCUUUUCGAUGACUUUUACGACGGUCGCUACCCCAGUCAUCCUCAUAAAGCUGCCAUAAACGCUUACCGGCUACGCUCUAAUAAAGAACUCAGAAAACUCGAAAGACUUCAACGAAUUAUCUUCCCGUAUCACUUCUUCCGAUCCUUUUUGCAACGAACGACACCGAUUCUACGAAGAGAAGAAAAACAACUUUAUCUAAAGUUAUAUUACUCGUAAACCGUUUAAUCAUCUUGAAUAGCUUUAAUUCCUCGCAAGCAUGCCCGUGAAAUUGUUUAGUCGCGAAUCGAACGUAUGGCUGUGUAAGCAGUAUAUGUUUUAAAGAACGUCAGGGAUCUGAGGCGUAGCGGUCGAUCUUAACAUCCAAAUCUGACUAAAAGAAUCGUUAAAAAGAAUAAAUUGUAAUUCUCGAAGGGGUGGUUCACUGCGGAUUAUUCAUGUUCUAUGCGAGUAUCAACCUUUCAUUAUCGUUCGACGGCUUUCAUUUCCCUUGAUAGCAAUAAAUUAGAUAGCGCGAGUAGAAGUACCAAUAGCGUUUUUAAGAAAAACGGAACUGACGAAUAAAUUAUUUAGAGACGCUACCAAUUAUUAAAGAGUUAUAGAAUCGAAAUAUUCAAGUUUAUCGCGAGUCUCUCUAAAUUUGUGCACGCUCGUACUUCCGCUGAAAGCGGAUUGAAAGUAAGCAGAUUUCCACGUGAAACAUCAAAUCGAAACCUCGUUUCUAUCGAGGUUUCUAUCGUGUUUUACUUAUAUUUUUGCAUAGCCAUACGUAACGUUAUAAGAAGCUUUUACGUUCCCCUUUCUACUUUUCUUUUUUAUGUUUUAUUUCUUCCCAUUUCUCGAACGUUCAAGCUACUUUUCCCUUGUAAAUCUUUCGACAGAUCAUCGCAAGAGAGCUGUGAUUUUGAAUUUUAUUUUUGAAGAUCGUUUUACCUUUUGCCAAUAGGGAGUGAAAAAUUCGAGAAACGGAGAUCGCUACCGUUUCUCUUAGCAAUUUCAAAGAAGCGCUGAAGAAUAAUCAUAAAUUGCACCACGUUCAAUCCGAAUUACGUGUCCUACUGUAACCAGCACUCUUCUUUGUAUUAUAUUCUUAGCUAUUAUUCAUAAUAUAUUCACCGUUAUAACAUCGUGGUAACAAUAAUAUUACCUAUCGACGUAGAAUAUAAAUAUAUAAAUAUAAAUAUAUAUAUAUAUUUUUUGUAUUUUACUUCUACCUUGGCUGCAUUGGACUGUAUCAUAUUGAUUAUAUGUGGCAUGCUAAGGGCGUGUACAAAUACGAAAUAAAGAUCAAAUAAAUUACGAUCGA